AUGGAGCGUCCGACAAGGAGGGGGUCGCGGGCGCAUUCGGAUGCGAAGCCCAACUACGAGGAGGUGAUCGGCGAGUUCACCCCCGCCCCCUUGUCCGUGUCGCUGGGGGCGUCGACCACGGCGCUGAUACACUCGCGGGUCGGUCUGCGCAGAUCGUCAGGCGGUGUUCCGCCGAUCAGCAGGAGCGACGAGGGCCGAGUACUGCGGGAGGAGGAGGGGGGCACGACACGGGACGAGGGGGUGGACGUGGUCGAGAAGCUCACCAUCGCCCUCAUGGGCGGGGGCGCCACGGGCAAAUCGUCCCUCAUCGUCCGCAUGCUACACGAUCGAUUCGAGGAGGUGGAGGACAACGACCCCACCCUCCUCGACGAAUACGAGCUCCCCUACCACUUCGAAAACCGCACAUACAGCUUGACCCUCCUCGAUACGGUGUACCGUAUCUUUCUGUUCGCAGCGGGACAAGAACAGUUUAGUGAACAGAGACUGGACGCUGUGAAAGCCGCCAAGGGAUUCCUUCUCGUGUACGACGUGACGCAACGUAACCGCGUUGGUGUUCUGAUGGAGAGCUGGAAUCCGUCACCAACCAGGCUGUCGUUUGAGGAGGUGGAGGUGUUCAUGAACGAUCUGUGUCGGGCGCGGCUAAAGGACACGCGCGACAUGCCCAUCGUCAUCGUGGGCAACAAGGGCGACGUGCCCGACGAACUGCGACAGGUCCCCAAGACCCAGGCCGUCAAAUUCGCCGAGGACAAUGGCUGUCCGCUCAUUGAAACGAGCGCCAAGUCGGGGCGGAAUGUACAUAAGGUGCUGGAGAAGCUGCUGCAGGAGAUCACCUACUAUCAUACCAAAGCCCUGCGGGGCAUCAUGUACAAGAUGAAGGGCGUCUACACCACGCCCUCGAUUAGAAUCAAAGGUCUCCCCGCAUCCCAACACAUCGAGAGAUGA